CCUUUUAAUUUUGGCAUGAAUCAUAGAACACCACCCUACCCCGCUGGGGAUUAUUGUCUUCUGUGCAGAAGUGAGCGGAAAGACUCUUCGUUCUUAGAGAGUGGAAUUAAGACUGCGAGCAAAUUGGCCCUCUCCAUGGCUCCCAAGGGCAACAGCGUGCUGCACCUGCCACUGUGGGUGUGCCCGGACUGCCGGCGGACUGUGGAAAAGGAGGAGAGGCACAGCGGCCUCGACCAGCCAUCGCAGGGCCAAGACUUUCUUCUUCACUCCCCUCUUGGUGGGUCCCAGCCGGAGGCAGGCGGCGGGAGGCUAGCCCUCGGCGCGCAGACGCUGCCCUCGGCGGGGCUGGGCACUGCCCCCUCGGACGCCGCGUGCGCCUGCGAGGCCUGCAGCGAGCGCAGAGAGAUUUCAGCAGAGACGGACCGGGAGCCUCAGCAGCUGCAGAACUGUUGGUCGGAAGUGCGCUACAUGGUCCGCUGCAUUUACCGCCAGGCGGGGACCCCACUGGCCGACGACCAAGACCAGAGUCUCGUGCCCGACAAGGAGGGGGUGAAGGAGCUCGUGGAUAGGCUCUGUGAGAGGGACCCUUACCAGCUGUACCAGCGGUUGGAACAACAAGCCAGAGAGUAUGUGCUGGAGAUGAAAGUCCGACUCCUCCGGCAGCUGUCGGCUGCAUCCAAAGUGAAAGCGCCGUCCGCCCUGCAGGGCCCUCCGCAGGCCCACCAGUUCAUCUCUCUCCUUCUCGAGGAGUAUGGCGCCCUCUGCCAGGCAGCACGCACCAUCAGCACCUUCCUUGGCACGCUGGAAAACGAACACUUGAAAAAGUUCCAGGUGACAUGGGAACUGCAUAAUAAGCAUCUGUUUGAAAAUCUGGUCUUUUCGGAGCCGCUUCUCCAGAGCAACUUGCCAGCACUCCUGUCACAGAUCAGGCUGGGAACCACGACACACGACACGUGCAACGAGGACACAUACAGCACCUUGCUGCAGCGGUACCAGCAAUCCGAAGAGGAGUUGCGCAGGGUGGCCGAGGAGUGGCUGGAAUGCCAGCAGAGGAUCGAUGCCUACGUCGAUGAGCAGAUGACAAUGAAAACGAAACAGCGCAUGCUGACGGAGGACUGGGAGCUUUUCAAACAGAGGCGAUUCAUUGAAGAGCAGCUGACCAAUAAGAAAGCAGUCGCUGGCGAGAACAACUUCACAGACGCCAUGAGGCACAUGCUGUCCUCCCGGCUGAGCAUGCCCGACUGCCCCAACUGCAACUACAGGAGAAGAUGUGCGUGUGAUGACUGCAGCCUCUCACACAUCCUCACUUGUGGUGUCAUGGACCCCCCCGUCACUGGCGACAUCCACAGUCACCAGCUGCCCCUCCAAGUGGAUUCUGCUCCCGACUAUCUCUCUGAGAUGCGCCCACCUAGCGUGUCCUCAGCAAGCUCAGGGUCAGGUUCCAGCUCUCCCAUUACAAUUCAGCAACAUCCCAGACUCAUCCUCACAGACAAUGGCUCUGCACCAACUUUUUGUAGUGAUGAUGAAGACGUUGCACCAUUGUCAGCUAAAUUUGCUGAUAUUUAUCCACUGAGUAACUACGAUGAUACUGAGGUGGUGGCCAAUAUGAAUGGAAUCCACAGCGAAUUGAAUGGUGGCGGGGAAAACAUGGCUCUGAAAGAUGAGUCCCCUCAGGUAAGCAGUACCAGCAGUAGUUCUUCAGAGGCUGAUGAUGAAGAGGCGGAUGGCGAGAGCAGUGGGGAGCCGCCAGGAGCCCCAAAGCAAGACGUAGCUCUAAGCAAUGGGAGUCCCAGGAAAGAGGAAAGUAAAGUGGACAGUCCACCCCCAUCUUACCCUACUCAGCAGCCUGAACAAGCUCCGAACACUUGUGAAUGUCAUGUUUGUAAACAGGAAGCUUCCGGACUCACGGCAUCAGCAAUGACCGCGGGAGCCCUUCCCCCGGGCCAUCAGUUCCUGAGCCCAGAGAAGCCCACCCACCCUGCUUUGCAUCUUUACCCUCACAUCCAUGGACACGUGCCUCUGCACGCGGUCCCACACCUACCCCGCCCUCUCAUCCACCCCACCCUGUAUACGGCGCCCCCCUUCACACACAGUAAGGCUUUACCGCCAGCACCUGUUCAGAAUCACACAAAUAAGCAUCAGGUAUUCAAUGCAUCUCUUCAAGACCAUAUUUAUCCAAGCUGUUUUGGGAAUACUCCAGAGUGGAAUAGUUCUAAGUUUAUAAGUCUUUGGGGAUCAGAAGUGAUGAAUGAUAAGAACUGGAAUCCUGGCACUUUCUUGCCAGAUACAAUUUCUGGGAGUGACAUACUAGGACCAACACUCUCAGAAACGAGACCCGAAGCCCUUCCACCUCCGUCUAGCGGUGACACGCCUGCAGUUUCCGAGAGCAAGGAGAAAAAAAACGCCGCAAAAAAGAAAUGCUUGUAUAAUUUCCAAGAUGCUUUCAUGGAAGCGAACAAAGUCGUGAUGGCCACGUCGUCAGCCACCUCCUCCGUGUCCUGCACGGCCACCACGGUGCAGUCCAGCAACAGCCAGUUCAAAGUGUCGUCCAAGAGGCCUCCUUCCAUAGGUGAGGUGUUCCACGGCGUCAACAAGGAGGACCACAGACACGCGGUGCCGGCCGCCCCGAGGAACAGCCCCACGGCCUUGGCGCCGCUUCCCGCCCUCGCCCCUGCCGCGCUCGCCCCGGCCUCCUCGCCCCACCUCGCAAGUCUUGCAGCCCCAUCCUUCCCCAACACUGCUGCCCCGUCCCCCGGGUUUGUGGAGCCACGCAAGAGCUUCUGUCCUGCUCCGGGAGCCCCCCCGCCCCCCACAACUGACGGCUCCAUCAGCGCUCCCCCCAGCGUCUGCAGUGACCCCGACUGUGAGGGCCACCGCUGCGAGAACGGCGUGUAUGACCCACAGCAGGACGACGGGGACGAGAGCGCCGACGAGGACAGCUGUUCUGAGCACAGCUCCAGCACGUCUACCUCCACCAACCAGAAGGAGGGCAAGUACUGUGACUGCUGCUACUGCGAGUUCUUCGGGCACGGCGGGCCUCCAGCUGCGCCGACAAGUAGAAAUUACGCAGAGAUGAGGGAGAAGCUUCGUUUGCGGCUGACCAAGAGGAAAGAAGAGCAGCCUAAAAAGGCGGACCAGCUCUCGGACAGAGAGAGUGUCGUUGACCAUCGAAGGGUGGAAGACUUGCUACAGUUCAUAAACAGCUCAGAGACCAAGCCCGUGAGCAGCACUCGAGCCGCCAAGCGAGCCAGACACAAGCAGAGGAAGCUGGAGGAGAAAGCUCGCCUGGAAGCAGAGGCCAGGGCCCGGGAGCACCUGCACCUCCGUGAGGAGCAGAGACGACAGGAGGAGGAGGAGGAGUUUCAGCGGCUUCAAGAGCUUCAGAAGCUGAGGGCCGUGAAAAAGAAGAAGAAGGAGAGGCCAAGUAAAGACUGUCCCAAGUUGGACAUGCUUGCUAGAAACUUCCAGGCAGCAGCAGAGUCUGUACCUAACUCUGAAAACAUGCACAAUGGCUCACUAGAGCAAAUGGAAGAACCAGAAACCUCAUCUCACUCUCCUUCCAGACAUGGGGACCACACGGAACCCAGGCCAGGGCCGGGGGCUGACGGGGAUGCUGCCGGCCCCAUGGACGCCAGAGACUCCAAGCUCCUCCUCCCCAAGGAGGUCAGUGGGAAGCGGCAGGAGCCGCUGUCUUUUCUCCUUGACAUAAUGCAUCACCACAAGGAGGGGAAUGGCAAGCAGAAGCUCAAACAGACCAGCAAGGGCAGCAGCGAGCUGGUGAGGAAGCCGGCCGAGCCCCCCAAAGCCUCAGAGGGCCAGCCCAGACCCCGGCCCCAGACUGAGUCGAAGGCGAAAGUGCUUGACUUCACUUCCCUGGUGGAGCACAAAAGGGAGGACAGAAAAGUGAACAGUAACAACAAUAACAAAAAGCAGCUAAACCACGUCAAGGAAGAAAGGUUGAAUCCGGCCCCCCCAGAGCCUGCCUCCCCCAGCGAGCACCCUCAGGACAGCAAGCUGGUGCUGGCGGACUCUCCGCAGCCUAAGGGCAAGAGCAAGAAAAAUAGGAAGAAGAAAGGAGACCGAGUCAGCAGUUCAAUCGAUGAUGUUUUUCUGCCUAAAGAUAUCGACCUAGACAGCGUGGAUAUGGAUGAGACAGAGAGGGAAGUGGAGUAUUUCAAAAGAUUCUGUCUGGAUUCCGCUAGACAGACCCGACAAAGACUGUCCAUCAACUGGUCCAAUUUUAGCUUGAAAAAAGCCACUUUUGCUGCCCACUGAAUGAGGACCGCCUGGAGAGGGACACGCGGGAGGUGGGCCAGGCCCCGGAGCUGCUGUGCUUGCCCAGGGCUGGGCCGGGUGGGCCGCCGCACCUGAGACCCCCAGACCGAGGACUCGCUGCUCGGCCCGCGCCGGUAGCUCGUGUGCGUGUGUCUGUGAGUGAGGCGCUGAGCCCAGCGCUGUGCUGUCGGAUUGGAACAGUAGCUCCUGCCGGUUCGCCGCCGCGCGGCCCGGAGCCUGGGUCGUGGCCAGAGACGCGUUUCAUCAUCCACGUGGCCCGUUGCCUCUGCAUCUCGCCCUGUCCUGUCGUCUGUCCCCGCCGGGGCACUGCCGUCACGCAGCUCUCGUGUGCCCUGCACCCCACCGAGGCGGGCCAGGCGGGCAGGCGCUCUUCCGUUCUCCUGCACAACCUCCUGUCUCAGAGUGUACACGUUGCGCUGUUUGUGUCCGAACCCCUGACUUGUAGCCAGCUUGUGUAAGACCCCUUGCAGAAUGAGAAAGUUCAAAAACAGAACCCCACCCAGUACUCACACCAUCAAGUCUGUUAGAGAGUGUACGACUGUAUUAACACGGAGGCCUGCCUGGCUACUUUUUUAACAUAUUGUUAAGUAAUAUUAAAAUCAUGUCUUUCUUUUUGAAAGAUGGAAUACAUUAGUACA